AUGUCGGGCCCCGGGCCGCGGGAGGCGCCCCAGGCGGGCGGGCCGGCGGGCCCCGAGGGCGCGGACGCGGCGCUGGGCGAGGCGGGGCUGAGCUUCACGACCACCGACCUGAGCCUGGUGGAGAUGACGGAGGUGGAGUACACGCAGCUGCAGCACAUCCUCUACUCGCACAUGGAGGCGGCCGACGGCGAGCUCGAGGCGCGCCUCAACUCGGCCUUCCUGGCGGCCGCGGCGCCCGGCGCGGCGGCGGGCGGCUUCGCGGGCGCGGGGGGCGCGGCGGCGGCGGCGGCGGCGGCGGGGGGCGCGGCGCCCGUGUACCCGGUGCUGUGCCCGCCCGCGCUGGCCGACGGCGGCUUCGCGGGCGCCAACCCGUGCCUGGGCCACAUCGACUUCCAGGAGCUGCGCAUGAUGCUGCUGAGCGAGGCGGCCGCGCCGCCCGCCGAGAAGACGCCCGCCGAGCCCGGCGCGCCGCGGCCCAAGCCCGACGGCGCCGCCAAGGAGGGCGCGGCCGAGGCGGCCGAGGCGCGGGCCAAGCCGGCCGUGCGCGUCCGCCUGGAGGACCGCUUCAACAGCAUCCCCGCCGCGCCCGCGCCCGCCGCGGUCCCCGCGCCCGCCGAGCCCGCGCCCGCGCCCGCGCCGCGCGCGCCCGAGCCGCCCGAGCCCGGCGUGGCGCUCAACAACCUGGUGACCCUCAUCCGGCACCCCUCGGAGCUGAUGAACGUGCCCCUGCACCCGCCGCCGAGCAAAUGCACGACGCUCGUGAAGAACAAGACGGCCGCGGCGGCCACGGCGCUGCAGUUCACCUACCCCCUGUUCACCGCCAACGCCUGCGCCGCCGGCGGCUCCUCGGGCCUGGCGCCCGCGCAGAGCUCCGGAAACUCCUGCGCGGUCCUGGAAGCCGCCAAGCACCAGGACCUCAGCCUGCCGAGGGCGUUUUCCUUCUGUUACCAGCAAGAGAUCGAGUCCACGAAGCAGACGCUGGGCGGCAGGAGCAAGGCCCUGCCGGAGCAGGUCUGGAUCAAGGUGGGAGAAGCGCUAUGUAAACAGGCGAUAAAUAAGCGGAAUCGCAGCCGCAUCCGCCAGCUGGACGCCAACGUGGAGCGGAGAGCCCUGGGGGAGAUUCAGAACGUGGGCGAGGGCCCCUCGGCCACCCAGGGUGCCUGGCAGUCAGCGGAGUCCGCACAGGGCACCCUGGGGGAGGCGAGCCACAGCGGGCCCCAGGGAGGAAGGUCCCAGCGCAGGGAGAGGCACAACCGCAUGGAGAGAGACCGAAGGCGCCGGAUCCGCAUUUGCUGUGAUGAGCUGAACCUCUUGGUCCCAUUCUGCAAUGCUGAGACCGACAAGGCCACCACUCUGCAGUGGACCACGGCAUUUCUGAAGUACAUCCAGGAGCGGCACGGAGAUGCCUUGAAAAAGGAAUUCGAGAGCGUGUUUUGUGGUAAGACCGGCAGGAGGCUGAAGCUGACCCGACCAGAUUCGCUGGUGACGUGCCCCUCACAGGAAAACCUGCAGAGUAGCCCUGCGAUGGAGAUCAAGUGACUGGGCCUGCACCCCGAUUCCUGAGAGAGGUGAACGGCCGUUCCUGGGACCCGCGAGCACGCCACGGCCCACGGCCGCUCAGGAGUUUGACUCCGAAGGAUGGCUCAGGCCCACGGGACUCCAGUGAGGACUUUGAAAGCACAUUUUGUAGAAAUAUUUCUCUAGAGCCAAAUACUCAGCCACUAAGUGUCCUCUUAAACCAUUUGAGGAUGAAGACAUCUUGACAAUUAGUAAGUAAUUUUUUGAUUAUCUGUCUGAUUCUAUCAUGUUUUCUUAACAUGAUAACUUUAAAAAAAACACCUUUGUAAUUUCUUUAGUCUUAAAAAGGUACAUUGCUUUUUAUUUUAUUUACAUUUAAAAUACGCCCUCUUAGCAACUGGACAAGUUAAAUUGUACUUAACUAGAAGUAGUUUGGAAAUUUUAUUUCAUUUGUUUGUCAUUCCCCCUUGUAAUGAUUCCUAGUCACGAAGGACUGUGUUGCAAAAUGCAGUCCUACAUUAAACCUUUUUGCUAGAAAUUUUCCAGAGACUUCCUUUCCCGCUUUUGUCCCUAACGGAAACACUGUCUCGUGGACUGAUCGCUUCACAUCCAGGGUCAUUACUUCCUGUGCAAUAAACUGUAGAGUUUGGAACUGA